AUUCUACCUUUAUAAUGUCGCGGGAAGUACGAAAUAAUGAUAACACCAACCUCACACUUACAAUAUUAUUAUGUGGACGUCGAUAAUUGUUGGCGCUACUUUGGUAGCUCAAGUUUUCUGCGCAUGUUCCAAUGGUUGGAUCGCCCAUCAAUCAAGUUGUUAUAAAUUUGCAACGGACAUAGAAAACUGGUCAGCCGCCAGGCAAUUAUGUAAGUGGCACUCGAGCGACCUGAUGGCUAUAGAGACAGAGAGUGAACAGCGCUGGUUCCAUACGCAAGCAUUAACAUUCAACCACACGGAUGGUGACCAGGGAUUUUGGAUCAGCGGGAGUGACUGGAAUCAAGAUAAGCAUUGGAUCUGGGAGAGCACUGGUGCAGCGUUGACCUAUCAGACAUGGGGCUUCCAGCAGCCAAACUACAGGAACGGGAGUGAACACUGUCUGGCGGCCCUUAAGGUCUUUGACUACAAAUGGAGCGACGAGUUUUGCGACUGGGAUCGUCUCCAGUAUGUCUGUGAAAAGAGCAGUACCUCUGGCGGUGCCAUUGUUGGUUGACAUUUUGGAUGUUUCAUGAAUAAAAUUAAAUAUUUA